UGGAAGGAAUGCGAGAGUUUUACAGACAUACUAUCAACUUCCGGUUGGGUGUGAGCGAGUGUCCUGCUUCAAAAAUAUCUGGUUUUACUGGCCGGAGUGCUUGGAUAUUUGUUUUCUGUUUUCCCUGCAUGUUUGCGUAUUUCCCGCACAGUUAGAAAAUGUCAAAGUCACUGAAGAAGAUCGUGGAGGAGAGUCGGGAUAAAAAUAUACCGGAGGUGGACAUGUGUGACAGAGGAAUAUCAAACCUGCUGGAUAUUCCUGGACUAUUCACCUUGUCCAACAUAACCCAACUGGUCCUGAGCCACAACAAGCUGAAUGCUGUGCCUCCAAACAUUACAGAGCUGAAGAACUUGGAGGUUUUGAACAUGUUCAAUAAUCAAAUUGAGGAGCUUCCAACCCAGAUCAGUAGCCUUCAAAAACUUAAACAUCUGAACCUUGGGAUGAAUAGGUUGAGCACUCUUCCACGAGGGUUCGGAUCUCUUCCGGCACUGGAGGUUCUGGAUCUGACGUACAACAACCUGAACGAGUCCUCACUGCCUGGGAAUUUCUUUUACCUCACCACCCUCCGCGCUCUCUAUCUCAGUGACAACGAUUUUGAGAUUUUCCCCCCAGACAUCGGCAAGCUGGCCAAGCUACAGAUAUUGAGUUUGAGGGACAAUGACCUCAUCUCUCUACCCAAAGAGAUCGGAGAUCUGGCUCAGCUGAAGGAACUUCACAUUCAAGGGAACAGACUCACUGUACUGCCUCCUGAACUUGGUAACCUGGACCUGACAGGCCCAAAGCAGGUGUUUAAGGCUGAGAAUAACUCCUGGGUGACUCCUAUCGCAGACCAGUUCCAGUUGGGCAUCUCUCAUGUCUUUGAGUACAUCCGAUCAGAGACCUACAAAUAUCUUUACGGGCGACACUUGCAGGCGAAUCCAGAGCCGCCCAAAAAGAAUGCCGACAAAUCCAAGAAGAUCAGCCGCAAGCCACUGGCAGCCAAGAACAAGUAAAGCAGAGGACUACGAAGAGCUGAUCCGACCAUCCGAGAUGAACCGCAACUGCAUGUGCCUUUGCAUUUGAUAUUUAUUUAGAAAAUAUGUUUUAUAUUGCUUCAGUAUUGCGUACAUCAUGUAAUCUCCAAAUGGCUCCACUCUAUUUUUUCCAAGUGUCCUUCUUGUCCAAUGCCACUUUUUGCCUUCAAAGGUCAAGUCAGACCUGCAUUGGGGGAUAAUCAGCUUUUCUGAACGUGUUUGUUGUGUCUCUUUAGAGAAUCGGUGGGAGUUUUGUCCUAUUCGACCAUCCAGACGAGGAGAGCAGUGAAUUUUGGGAAGUGGUGACGAGCAUUUUGUAACCGUACAGGGAUUUAACAAGAGUUUUGGGGUCUUAGUGGACUCUGAGCAGGAG